AUGGGUAUGACGAGUAAAACGACUAGUAGUGUGCCGCCAACGCGCGAGAAAGACGCGUUCGCUGGCUUCCACUACGACGAUCUAAAUGAUUUUGAUAAUGAAUAUAAAUCGGCGCUGGGCGAUUGGGAGGAUUUUCCAACCCGCAAAUUCAAGGCACGAGGAAUCAUCACGUGCUUGUGUUUGAAUAUCGACGUGGACCCAGAAGACUGGCGAGAAGAUCUCGCAAAAGAUGUGCCCGUCGCUAGAAGAGAGGGAACUAUAAAUGCUUGGGAUGUAAAUGACAACUUUGACAAUGAACUCCCUCCUCAAGACGUUAUCUACCGCAACAUCCAGGACACAAUCAAAUCGAACUUCAUCGAGCUCGCCCCUCGCGUCCUCCAAACCAACACCUUUAACUGGAAACAACUCCACCACAGCGAUGCCUACAAGCAGAAGAUCUUUCAAAACAUCGACAACAUGGUUCGCAUCACGCAAUCGCGCAUGGGCCGUGCCGAAGACCAACCUCUCAUUUGUUUUCACUACAAUGGACACGAUGUGCCCAGACCAACGGAAAACGGAGAAAUUUGGGUGUUUAGUCGACAAAUGACACAGUAUCACCCACUAAACGUCCCAGAAGAACUGGCCUCCAAGAUCGGCAGCGGCAUCUACAUCUGGGACUGCUGUAAUGCCGGCCUGAUCAUCGAAAAGUUUAACAAAAAAUACACGGGCAAUGGUACCAAUUUCCACUUUGCCGCGUGCGGCCGUGACGAAUUCCGACCGAUCAAGAGAAACAUUUCCGCGGACAUCUUCACCGCAUGCCUCACAAAUCCGAUCAAGACGACGCUCAAGUGGGCUCUAGGGCGCGAUAUUGCAAAAAUCAUUUGCCCAGAUAUUCAACCCAUCAUGAUCGACAGAUACCUUCCUGACUGCGACUUUGGCGAAAGAAAAGACCGAAAAACACUUCACGGCGAGCUCGGCUGGAUCAUGACCGGCUUGUUAGAAUCAAUCGCCUGGGACUCUAUGGCCAAGUCCGAGCUAAAGUCCUGUCGAAAGGCCUUCAAGCUGUUCCACGACGGAUUUCGCUGCGACUCGCUUCUGUCCGGUCUUUAUCGAAAUUUUCUUAUAGCAGAUAGAAUUAUGCGCUCUUACGGGUGCAAUCCAGAAUGCUCUCCAGAGCUACCAAAGAAUAUGCAUACUCAUCCCAUGUGGAAAAUGUGGGAUUCAACAGUGGACCGUGCUCUCACUCAACUUCAACGGAAUCUAAAACCUGACCCCCUCGUCGAUGCUCAAUGCCAAAGCUGCUUCUUCCCUACCUUAAAGGAAACUCACCUGGAGUUCUACGACCAGUGCCUUAACUCAUUCGAAAAUCUCAUUCAACUGCCUGUAUAUAAACGCGAUGUGGUCGACAAGCCUCCCAUCUACUUACCUCUCGCCCUUCAGUCUAUUCUCGAGCAAGCGCCGCGAAUUAAAGCUCUCAGCCUCUUUGCUCGCUAUAUGGACACUUGCCCUAGUGCCAUUUACAACACCCUCGCUGCUGGUCUCAAUCAAGAACAAAACUCAUAUUUGAUGCGUUUACUCGACGGGCUUGCGUACAGCAAGCAGCCGCACUUCUGGAUGGUGUUUAUUUGGACGAAACUGAUUGUCUUCCAGAACAAAUCGGCGUUCGUUAUUGCUCGAAUUUGCGAGGAAAAGGGCACUCUCACCGAUCCUGACCACUCGGCCCAACACGACGUCUACAGCAUGUUUACCAAGAACCAAAACUCAAACAACGGUCUUCCAUCUCCUGACUAUCUCUAUAAUCUUCCGCUUUUCCUCCUCAACGACGAUGGCUACCCGCCGAACACGGGCGAUCCCUUGUUACGCAAAUGGCUCCUUAUCCUUACUGGCCGUAUUUGGGAAGAUUACCCUUACGCUUUUCAACGAGCCUUUAGAGGCGACUACGUCGAGCCCAUUAUCAUGGAUUUCCUGCGUGAAGACAAAGAUCCACUUGUUCGCGCUGCAGCUGUUUACGCGAUUGGAACUUACAUUGGCUGUCGGAUAGACAACGAAGACGGCCGAUCGGACCGAGAAAGCCACCACGACAAGACGGAUCCGAUUCACAAGCUUACUCUCAUUGCUGCGGAGCUCUCGAACUCGCGAUAUACUGACGAUGCUUGCUGGCUUGUUCGCAAAGAAAUUGUGUGCAGCUUGCAGUUAUUCGUGGCUCGAUACUACGACAAGUUGAGUAAAGACUUUCAUAAAUUGGUGAACAAUACCUCUGGCAAGCGACGUGUCUCAAUCGGCACAAUCAACAGUAGAAUGCAUAAUCGUGGAUCACGACCUGGUAGCACUCACUCUUCUCCACAAAAGCCACAGCAAAGUGUAUCUGCUGAUCACAUCACUGCUGCCCGCACACCACCUAACCCUCCGGUGGAGAAAACACCGAUCCAGUACUUCGAAGAGCUCUCAACCGGUGUUUUCUUAAUUGAAAACCCCAUUCAUAACAUUGCUCUCGCCAUUCUGAAGCUCGCCAUGGAUCCGCACACCGAGGUCGCUAGGGAUGCAAAACAUCUCUUCGACAUUGUUUUCAAGCAAGUCGGCAGGCGAAAAAACUCCGGACACAGCAGUCACGUGCGAUCGAACAGCGCGCACUUGGAAAUUAUACCGAGUCAUUCUCGUCAAAACAGCGCGAACUUGGAACGCGUUCGAGAGGAUUCCAACGACUCGAGUGGGAGUCAAUCGUCGUGUCAUUCAAGCGGCAUUCAAAGGGCCGCGCAAAUUCAUGUUAAAAAGUCAACCUUCUUCAAAUAUGCCUCGAAAGACUGGCUUCGAAGUCAACUUAAGCAAGAGCCCGUAAUACCGCUCAAUCUUUAUGUCAACACUCAAAAAGCAACGCAGCGACAGCAUGACCUAGACCGCGCCCAUGAACUCUCCGAAGACGCUCGAAACGAGCAGCGAAAUCGUUCGCGCUCGAAGCCCCAAAAUCGCGACGAGCAAAGUGCACAAGCAACUCACAUAUUCAACGCUGCCAAAACGCACAACAAACGCAUCCUAGAACGAUCGAAGACGAUCUUCUCAGGCUCUGAAGUCAGCGAUCUUCGUCAAAUGGUACACUUUGGCGAGGUUGAUGAGAAGAUUUCUUCGAUGAUGUUUGUUCCUUACAACGAAGCGUUGAUUGCAACUGGACAGUCGGGAAUUCAUCUCAUAGAUUUCGCGUACUUGCCUUUCGACAUUCAAGAUGGCGACACCCGAAACGCUCAAAGCCGAAUAAUAGCGACGGACAAGGGUGUACAUCUCACUUCAAUGGCAAUCAUGAACCAAGGAACUUCGCCGAUUGUAGUAGCUUCAUCGACCGAUGGUUGUGUCAAGUUGCGCAAGUUGAGACGAAGCCUGGAAGGACGGCUAGAAAUUCAAGACUCAAUCCUUACCUCGUGGAGGGUCGCACCGGUUGGUCGGAGGCAAGAGAUCAAACUUGCUUGGGACGAAAGCUACCUCGCAUGUUCCUUCCAAGAGCGCAACACUGCAGUUGUGACUCUAUGGGAUGGUGAACAAGAGCGCCGGGUCCAUCGAGUAGCCCCAGUUGCGCUAGAAAAUCGAGAAGUAACCUGCUUUGCAAUCAUGGGCGACUUUGGCCUCAAGUGUGAAGACUUGCUUUGCGGCACCGAUGAUGGUGGAAUCUGGAAGAUCGACACAAGAAGCGGCCGCUUCCUCACAGCGAAGUUCGGCGAUCGAAUGCAAAGCAGAGCAAAGGGCCACAAAGUCGUUGGCAUGGACACAAGUCACGAUAAAGUAAUGGCUGGCUACGCCGAUGGCACGGUGAAAGUUUGGGAUGUUCGAAAAAUGUCGAAAGAGCUGGAAAAGCUGAAAUUCGGAAAGAGCGAUAAUUCGAAGUCUGAGUGUUGCCAGGCCUUCGCUGGAUCGCUAAAGUAUAACUAUUUCGCGCACAAUCUGCGCGCGGAUCUAUUCGUCCGUCGCAAAUCGCACCAAGAAGCGAGGGAGUCUUCGCUUCUCUUGGACCCUAUUUAUUCGUUUAAAAGUUCAUCUGCCGCUCGGAUGUUUAUGAGCAAGCCGGAUCCGAAGAUCCUGCACCCGACAUCACUCGCUACCCAUCCGUUCAACCCUUUUCUCGCAGUUGCUACGCGUCCCGGAGAAUCCGGCGACUUUAAUCCUGGAGUGAUCUCUGUCUGGAUGCCCAAGAAUAAAAAAUAUUCAUGA